CAAAAGCUUUAAUUGAAAGAGUGAGAGUGAGAGUGUGAGUGAACAGUACAAAUUUCUCAGAGCAAAAAGCAAGCAGAUUUGUCAGUAAGAAUCCACAUUCACACCGGGCGAAGAGAGGCCAUGGCCAUGGGAGUUUCUAUUCCCAUUCUCGUCGUCGUCGUCUCAGUUCACCUCAUCGCUUUCGUGCUCGCCGUCGGUGCCGAACGCCGCCGCAGCGAGGCGAAGGUGUUGCCGGACGAGUACGACGAGAAAACGUACUGCGCGUACGGCUCGGAUGCGUCGACGGUCUACGGACUGUCGGCGUUUGGGCUGCUGUUAAUUAGCCAAACCCUAGUUCACGGCGUUACCAGGUGCUUGUGUUUCGGGAGGGGGAUGAUGGGCGGCAGCUAUACUACCUGUGCUGUUUUCUUCUUCGUGUUUUCCUGGGUCAGCUUUCUUGCGGCAGAGGCUUGUUUGCUGGCAGGAUCAGCAAGGAAUGCUUAUCACACAAAAUAUCGAGCUGUUUUCCACGUAGAGCACUUGUCGUGCACCACCCUUCGCAAGGGUGUCUUUGCUGCCGGUGCUGCCCUGACAUUAAUGUCAAUGAUCGCUUCCAUCUUUUAUUACUGGAUCCACACUAAGGCCGAUACAGGCGGAUGGGAAAAACACCACAAUGAAGGACUCGGGAUGACCUCUUCAAAGUUUUCAGAAAAUGAGCACCAGCCGAAGGCCAGUGAAAUAUGACAAGAUCUGAUUAUUGUUACAUGAAGAUGUUUAAAAGUUUGUAUUGUUGUGUUGUCAUCUCAAGCGACAGAGAGACAAAUUCCAGAUAUGUAACUUAGUCACACCAAGGUGUGUAAAGUGUGUUCCUUUCGACUGUAAAAGUAUUGUAUAAAUAUAUGCGCUUCUUGAAUCCAAAGAAAUUACCUUAAAAGUUAUGGUCUUAAUGUUUAUUA